AUGGAACCCCCACAACUCUUCGUGUCCAUGUCGGAUCUGACAUUGGGAGGUGGAACAGAAUCGAUUCUUCCCUCCGGUUGUGCCAUCUGCCCAAAGCAGGAAGACCUGCACCCAUGUCCGAGCUGCGUGGCCAUACGAUACUGCAGUGAUCAUCACAGAAAGUUAGACCGUCCGUCACACCGACUUAUCUGCGAGGCAAUCCGAUCCUGUCGAACCGACGUUGAGGAAGAAAGUCAGAGACUACGUCAAACCCCUGAGAGUUACUUCAACAUCAAUACAGGGAUCUUUUGGGAGCUGCCAGAAACUACCAAGUACUUGGUAGCUCUGGCGAUGCUAGUGCAAUCGUUUCGCCAAAUCAAGCAUAAGGCGUCGAUUGAACUACAGCUGACACAUAUUGUCCAUGUCUUACGGCUGGGCCGGAGGGAUUUCAUGGGCUACAGGUACCAAGUCCCAGCUCUCAUGCUCCGCCUGCACAAAGAUCAAGAGUGCUACGACUUUCUGAAGUGGUGGAUCCACAAAAUACCCAGCAAGAUCAACAUCAACAUUCGGUUGCUGUCCUUACCCAGUAUGCAGAACCUGAAUUUGCCAUGCGUCGGCUGCAGGAACGAGAACCCUUUUGAACCGGUCAAUUUCUUCAGUGAUAAAAUCCCCAUCACCACUCUCAUUCCCUUGACUCUCUUGAAAAUCAAGCUCUUAUUCGAUCUCGAACGACUGGAGCUAUCAACAUCUAUCUUCGGCUUGAGGCUUCCUGCGGAGAUCUCAAUCCUCAUCAUGGAACAUGUGCCCAUUAGCAACGCUGUCGCUGGAGACAACGGUUUUAUUGCAAGCAAAAAAGCUCGCCGGACGACAAUCACAAGGUUGAAGGAGCAGAUUCAUCUGCUGUAUUGCGAAAUCAAGGAUCGCAAUCCCCACUUCUGGUCAGCGAUGGUAUAUCCAGUGCAUCAGCGGGAAUCCAUUGCUGCAAAUAGUUUACCAAGAACUGUGAGUGAGGUGCAGACUCUUGUGAGGUGGAACUACGAGUCGUGGAUCGAGACACCUGGUGCAAUUGCGGUCAUGCAAAAUUUGAAAGGAUAA